GGGAGGCUGGGUCCGUAUGCGGGAGCCGGUGUACCUGUCUGCCGCGUCAGGGCAUUGAGAUGAAAGUUACUCCUGAGCAAGGGAACAGAGUUGGCGGUUCAGAUGAUGCUGCGGUGGAGACAGCUGAGGAAGCAAAGGAGCCUGCCGAAGCUGACAUCAGUGAGCUCUGCCGGGACAUGUUCUCCAAAAUGGCCACAUAUUUGACUGGGGAACUGACAGCCACCAGUGAAGACUACAAACUCCUGGAAAAUAUGAAUAAGCUGACAAGCUUGAAGUACCUUGAAAUGAAAGAUAUUGCUAUAAACAUCAGCAGAAACCUGAAGGACUUAAACCAGAAGUAUGCUGAACUACAGCCAUAUCUGGAUCAGAUCAACGUGAUUGAGGAGCAGGUGGCAGCUCUCGAGCAGGCAGCCUACAAGUUGGAUGCUUAUUCAAAAAAACUGGAAGCCAAGUACAAGAAGCUGGAGAAGCGAUGAGAGUCGAGUUCCUGUGGCUCAAGUGUCUGUUAAUGUGGAAGAUGUUUUAUAACCACUAAAUCCCGAGGCUGGCGAAUCAUCACAGUUCCUCAGAAGAAAAUGGCUAGUUAGUACCAAGGCCACACAAUACUGGAUGAACUGGAGGGCCGUGGCUGCCCUGGAGUCUCCUCUGAGGCGGUACCUCUCAGAAACCCACACCUGGAACUCCUCACUGUUUACUUGAAUGCUUCACCAUCCAUCCAAGAUGGAGACUCUAGAGUUCAGUGCAUACCUGGGCUUGCCAGUAGAGUCCAGCAAGGGGACCUGCUUCCCCUGGUAUUGGGCAGUUGGCAUGUUAUUUUCUAAAAUGGCUGUUUUGUUUGUUUUGUUUUCUACUGAUGAGAUGAUGUAUUGUUAACAAGAUUCUAAAUUAAAAAGGAAAAC